GGAAGCGGAUGGGACCGCGAAUCGCUGUCUGUUGCUUUUUAUUUUCCUGCUGACUGGAUUUGGUCACUGGUUCUUCGUCUUUUGUCUGUUGCACGCAUCCCGCCCUCCCCAUUUGCUUCCCCACUCCUCGGAUCCGGCCCUCUGGGCUUUCACGCCAAUUGUCUCACCCCGCCGUGAGCCCCUCCUGGUCCCCGGUCGGGCCUGGCACGGAGGCGGUAACUAUGGAGAAUAUGGCGGAGGAGGAGCUGCUGCCCCAGGAGAAGGAGGAGGAGGAGGAGGUGGAAGUGGCCCAGGUCCAGGUCCCGACCCCAGCCCCGGACUCGGCUCGGGUCCCAGCUCCGGCCCCGGAUUCGGCUCCGGCCUCGGCCCCGACUCCGGCCUCGGCUCCAGUCCCAGCCCCUGCCCUGGCCCAGGCUCCGACCCUGUCCCCGUCCCUAGCCUCUGCCCCUGAUGAGGCUGAAAGCAAGAGACACAUCUCAAUUCAAAGGCAGCUUGCUGAUCUAGAGAAGUUAGCUUUCGUAACUGAAGGGGAUUUUGACUCUGCCAGUUCACUGAACUCAGAUAAUCUUGAUGCAGGAAACAAACAGGCUUGUCCAUUGUGCCCCAAGGAAAAAUUCAGAGCUUGUAAUAGUCAUAAGCUUCAUCGUCACCUUCAAAAUUUACACUGGAAAGUCUCAGUUGAAUUUGAAGGUUACAGGAUGUGCAUCUGUCACUUACCUUGUCGACCAGUGAAACCAAACAUUAUUGGAGAACAGAUAUCCAGUAAAAUGGGAGCCCAUUAUCAUUGUAUUAUUUGUUCAGCAACAAUCACCAGAAGGACGGAUAUGCUAGGACAUGUUAGGCGCCAUGUGAAUAAAGGAGAGACUAAAUCCACGUAUAUUGCUGCUUCUGCUGCCAAACCACCUAAUGAAAUUUUGAAAGAGGCAGACACAGAUGUACAAGUUUGUCCCAACUAUUCUGUACCUCAGAAAACAGAUUCCUAUUUUAAUCCCAAAAUGAAACUAAAUCGGCAGCUAAUAUUCUGUACACUGGCUGCUUUGGCUAAGGAACGAAAACCUUUGGAAUGUCUAGAUGCCUUUGGAGCUACUGGGAUAAUGGGAUUACAAUGGGCAAAACACCUUGGAAAUGCAGUCAAGGUUACAAUUAAUGAUUUGAAUGAAAACUCUGUGACGUUGAUUCAGGAGAACUGCCAUUUAAACAAAUUGAAAGUGGUGGUGGACAGUAAGGAAAAGGAAGAGAGUGAUGAUAUUCCUGAAGAAGGAGAGGAAAACUUUGGUAAUAUUAAGGUGACCAAAAUGGAUGCCAAUGUACUGAUGCAUUUGAGAUCUUUUGAUUUCAUACACCUAGACCCUUUUGGAACAUCUGUGAACUAUCUUGAUUCUGCAUUCAGAAAUAUAAGAAACCUUGGCAUAGUGUCAGUGACUUCUACAGAUAUCAGUUCUUUAUAUGCCAAGGCACAACAUGUUGCCCGGCGUCACUACGGCUGUAACAUUGUCCGAACUGAAUAUUACAAGGAGCUAGCAGCCAGAAUUGUUGUAGCUGCAGUGGCAAGAGCUGCAGCCCGAUGUAACAAAGGCAUAGAAGUACUGUUUGCAGUGGCUCUGGAACAUUUUGUAUUGGUUGUUGUGAGAGUUUUGAGGGGGCCUACUUCUGCAGAUGAAACAGCCAAGAAGAUUCAGUACCUAAUCCAUUGUCAGUGGUGUGAAGAGAGAAUUUUUCAGAAGGAUGGUAAUAUGGUAGAAGAAAACCCAUAUAGACAGCUACCCUGUAACUGUCAUGGAAGCAUGCCUGGAAAGACAGCAAUAGAACUUGGACCUCUAUGGUCAAGUUCCCUUUUCAAUACUGGAUUCCUCAAAAGAAUGCUAUUUGAAUCUCUUCACCAUGGUUUAGAUGACAUUCAGACCCUAAUAAAGACAUUAAUCUUUGAGUCAGAGUGUACUCCUCAAAGUCAGUUUUCAGUUCAUGCACCUUCAAAUCUCAACAAGCAAGAAGAAUAUGGUGUAUUUAUUAAAACUACAGAUGAUACCCCAACAGAUAAUUACAUUGCACAAGGAAAGAGAAGAAGUAACGAAACAACCACAAAUUUAGCCAAGAGGCAAAAGACUGAUGUCAAUACUGAACAUCCUCCCUUUUAUUACAACAUCCACAGACACAGCAUUAAAGGAAUGAAUAUGCCAAAGUUAAAAAAGUUUUUGUGCUGUCUUUCUCAAGCAGGCUUUCGAGUAAGCCGAACUCAUUUUGACCCGAUGGGUGUCCGUACAGAUGCACCUCUAAUGCAGUUUAAAUCUAUCCUUUUAAAGUACAGCACCCCCACCUACACUGGAGGACAGUCAGAGGGCCAUGUCCAACCGGCGUCCGAAGAUACAGUAGCCGACGGGGUUGAAAUGUCAGUGAAUGACAAAGCAGAAGCAAGUGGCUGCAGAAGAUGGUAAAUGUAAGAGAAGUUUGUUCCCAGAUGUCUGUGUUGAUGGCCUAAUAGUUCUCUAUAUCAACUGUAGUGCUUUUUCUAUUCUUUCAAUUCAGUUGUGUAAAAAUAAAAAAAACAG